AGAAUAUUGUUGGACUCAAUGGUUCGAUGAUGAAAAUGGUGGUGAUAUAUCAGCCUCCGCUGUAUACGAGAAUGAAUCUAUUGAAGAAAUCUUUGCACAAUAUCCAACUAUGAGCUGUCAGAAACCUACCGGAAUCCAAUGUCAAACAGUUGAUGGAAUUGCAUAUGACAAGACAUCACAAGUUGUGCAGUGCGACACAAGCUUUGGUUUAAGAUGUUCGAAUAAUGAAGGACAAACAUGUUUGAACUAUAAGAUUCGACUCAUAUGCGCUGAAUUAUGUAGCCAACAUGUAAUAACAGAUUCUGGUACGAUGGUCGGUCUGGGUGAAGUUGAUGCUGGAACAACGACCGGAACAGAAGGUUCUGAAAGUGGCCCAACUGGUUCUACUGAAGAAACCAAAGUAGGUGGAGACACUUCUGGAACAACAAGUGGUACUGACAGUACAGGCUCCGGAACUUCUCAUUCAACAGCUGGGUCGGAGACGAGUGAAGGAGGCUCAACCGGAACCCAUGAAACUGAUUCUGGAUCAACAGAUACUACAGGAGAAACACAAGCAAGUGGAGGUGCCAGUGGAACAGCAACAGGAACAGAUGGUACUGAUUCUGGUUCAACAGUUUCUACAGAAGAAACACACACGACUGGAGAUGCAAGUGGAACAACGACCGGAACUCAUGAAACUGAUUCUGGAUCAACAGAUACUACAGGGGAAACACAAACGAGUGGAGGUACAAAUGAAACAGCAACCGGAACCCAUGAAACAGAUUCUGGAUCAACAGAUACUACAGGGGAAACACAA